GUAAUUUGGGAGACGUACUGAGAGAUCCAGGCUUGUUCUGGUGUCUGGUGUCCAUCAGCGGGCUUGUGCUGGCAGCUGUGUGCCGAAUUGUUGGAAGACUCAAUCCCUUGUGAAAGGCAGCCCUUGGGCGCCCUCACACCGGCAUGGCCUCCAAUGCCGACCAGCUGAAGGCAUUGAAUGGUUUUCUUGCAAAAGCUGGUGGAAAGGACAAGCUGACAGCUCUCAUCCAGUACACAUGCAUGUUCAUCUCAGCUGGAGAACCUGGCAAUGCCAAGAAGAUCCAGGCCUCUGUUGCAGCGGCAAGAAAGGUGUUCCGCGUGUUUGGGCCUUUGGAGUCAGUGACCCCCGUCAUCUUGAAUCCCCACCUGAACCCGAAGAAGCCCAUCUACAUCGAGCUCUUGAAUAAGCUCAAAGGGGUGUUGAUGGCCAUCUACUUUGGGGCGGACCACGUGGUGUGGGCUGGUCAGGCCGGCCUUGUCUCCAACAAGACCGUCCUUGAAAGGUUCCAGAAGGCGUCCCUGUACGGGUGGGCGGGCGGCUCGAUGUGCACGGUGAUCAGCGAGAGCUGGGAGCUGAUGGAGCUGAACAAGAUCAAGAGGAAGGAUGAGAGCGAGGAGGCCUGGCAGGCGCGCCAAGCCAAGGCCAUUGCUGAGAUCAACUCCCACUCCCUCAUUCUCUUCCACGGUCUCGUGCAGGCGGCGCUGGCUGCUGGACUGCUGGGCCUGACGAGCUGGAAGCCGAGGUUUGUGGGCUUUCUGGGCGUGGUGGCCUCUGCAAUCAACUGCUACAUGCUCUUCCCAGCGCUGCCCAAGCCGGCAGAGAAGCCUGCUGUCAGGAAGGAGGUCCAGCUGGAGGGCCUUAAGAACCCUGCUCUCAAGGCGGCUUAGGCCGCCACUCUGCGCUCAGCACUAGGCCGGGUCUGCCGGAUCUUCCAAGAUCUUCUAGGAUAUCUUGAGAUAUCUUGAGGAAGCUCAAUAUGGGCGGGUAUUAUUCUCUACAGCCUGCCGAUGGCUGCAAUGUGCACUGUUGCAAGCUGAUUGCUGCUGCGCGUGAGAAGAACCUUGGCCGCUAGAGGCUACAUCAAAGAGGGGCUGUUAUUUGAGGCUCCUCUCUUGAUGUCAAUUUUGGGUGUAACAUUGUACACUGGGAUUCAGGGUAUAUUAGAGCACUACGUGGAAGGUAUCAGGUAUCAAUCAAAAUUGUGGUAUUCUUUAUGUGAGCGUGCAGCUAGGCCAGACGAGCGUGUACUAGGAUUAAGAAGCAUUGCACACCGAGGAUGCACAUACAGUAUGUUCAAACUCUUACACAUCAUCACUAUUCAUGCGCGGUGAUCCAACAACUCCAACUGGCUGUAAAAGGUUACAGCUUAAAGUUCACAAUUUACAUCCAGUCUCUCUCUCUAACAACUCUCUGUAACAACUAGAG